UUGUCGCCAGCGGCAGCUACCAAACAACCAAUAUGGCUAAAAAACAAAUGCAAAUUCUUAUCUUUAACCGCCAACAACAUUACAGUGCUGAAGUCAAUCCGAUUUCCAGACCACACAAUGGAACUGCUCUACCUUCUCCUCUCAAUCCUCUCCGCGUUCUCCGUUUCCCUCUUCCACUCUCUCCUCCUCGUCCUCCGCCGCGUCUUCUUCAAUCGCCUCCCUCAAUCGGAGCGUGUGACUUUCUACCAGGGCACCGUAUGGCACGAGCGCCGCCUCCCUGCUCACCACUCAUUUCGCUAUUCCAUCCGUUACGCGCUCUUCGACCUCGACUACGCGCCUCACCUGCCGCCGGACCACCUCUCGCCGGAUGAGGCUCGCCGGGUUGCAAAAACCACCGGACCAGUUUUUCUGCUAACAAUUCCUCCCAGCGUUGGGUAUGAACAAAAUCCACUGAGUUUGUACUAUUGCUAUGAUGGAGACGUCGAUGACUCUGCUUCCAAUUUGACCAAGUGUAUUGCCGAGGUAACCAAUACGCCGUGGGGUGAAAGAGUUGCAUUUGUCUUCAAUCCUAACUCUGAUCUAGUUGCUAAACCAUUGCAUGUCAGCCCAUUCAUGUCUAUAGAGACAAGCUAUUGUGGAAAUUUGUUGUUUCAGGAUAUGAUGGGGAAUUGGAAAAUUAGAGCAAGUGUUCCAGGGGACAGCUUGUGGGUUUCCAUUUCAGUUCAGCACCCGGAGCAUGGUGAUUAUUUCGUGGCUACCCUGAACGCCAAGAGAACGCCAGUGUCAGAUAGCGAUAUGUUCUUUUGGUUGAUGCCGCACAAAGUUGCAGUAUGGAUAUAUUGGCACGCGUUGCAGCUGUGGUGGAAGAAUGUGGAGUUCGUCCAGCAUCCAAGGUACAGUAACCCCAACUACAGGGAGGAAGCUGUAGUACGCAAUCAGAAGCUGCAGUGUUGUGCAGCAGUUGGAUGCUUCCAAAGUCGACGAAUUGAUCCUCCUGCGAGCCUGGUUGCUGCUGCUGCUACUGACACAACUGGUCGUUGGUUGAAGUGGAGAGAUGCCAAGUGGCCUUGGUGUUGACUUGAAUUUGAUUGGGUGGAAUCACAAACAACAAACUUGGAAGUACAUAAUGCAGCCAGCAGCUUCAUUUUCCUUGUACUUGCAUACAUAUAUGUUCUUGUAACAAUUGUUUGAAUUGUGAAAAAAGGUUUAUCUUAAUCUCUUUGUAACAAGAGUGAAAUUUAGCCUAUUGCCAAAUGAGGAAUACAAAGGUGAAUAAGCUUUGGGGGCAUUUCUGUGCGGCAAGGGGCUGUGACGUGUGACCUGUGAGUUUUGGGCUUUUGGCCAGAAAAAUGGCCCUGACCUUCUGGAUGAUGAAGUAGCAUUGGCCCAUGAGCUAGCUGAUUGCUCUACCGGACAGCCUUAUUGGAUGACCACGUUGAGUCGUUGACUGGUAACAACGGCCUUUUGGCCCAGAACCUUUCUUUUUCAGAGGCAUCAUUCUCCAGGUUGAAGCCAAUUUCUA